CACGUUCGAUCACGUCGAUUAUGGACCCCUCAACGAACAUUAUUAGGAGCAACUUCCAGCUGACAUGAUGCGAGUGCAUCUAUAUUAACACUGCAUCUGCAAGAACCAUACUCAUCGUAUGCAUUAGAACCAAAAUCAACUCUUUUAAUGAACGCCGUUCGGAUGUGUUUUUUAAACAAAACUAUCAGCUGAUGUAGUUUAAAAGGAAAUCUUCAGAGUUUUCUGUGGCCAAUGAGUAACAGGCCUUUCCGUAGUGAUGACUUCGUACAGUGUCACUUGCAAACUCGGAGAGGGGAGUUUUGCUAAAGUGUUUCAGCUGAGUUCACUGGACCGAGAUGAGGGCCAAGAUUAUGCCCUGAAAGUGAUCGACAAAGAUCGCUUCUCCAAUGAUGAACGAGACAAGUGUAUGCAGGAAGCCAAGCUGAUGAGGAAGCUGAGACACGAGAAUGUCGUCGCCUGUUUUGAUGCCUUUGAGUACGAGAACCACUUGAUCCUGGUCACAGAGUACUGCCCUCGGGCUUACAUGUACUGUUACCUUGGUGACUGCAGGGAUGCCAAACCUCAACAACCAGUGUCAGAGAACAGGAUUUCUAUGUGGGUGUUGCAGAUUGCCAAGGCUUUACAGUAUCUGCAUGAGAGGAAGAUUCUUCACCGAGACCUGAAGACAAAGAACAUCUUUCUGAUGGAAGAUUUGACUGUGAAAAUAGGAGACCUUGGAAUAGCAAAACAGCUGGACUUUACACUGGCCCAGGCUGAUACCUUCCUGGGAACACCUCUAUACAUGAGUCCCGAGAUAUUCCAGUUCCAGCCCUACAGUUAUAAGGCUGACAUCUGGAGCAUGGGCUGCUGCGUGUACGAGAUGAUGACGUUACGCUUAGCCUUCGAGUCACCAUCACAGCAGAAGAUGGUGCAGAGGAUCAUCAAGGGCAAGGCGCCGACUGUUCCAGCUAUGUACAGCAAGAACCUAGGGAGGCUGGCUAACGACAUGUUGAACAAGGACCCACAGCUCAGGCCUCAUGCUGUGGACAUCGUCAAACAACUACAGUCAAACCAAGAGAGACCCAGCUCAGGGGAUAUGAAGAUCUCGCCACGGAGCAGACGCCGUCUGUCAACAUCUCGAAGUGACAGCCGAGUAGGCAUGCCCGAUCUUACGCCAUCACUACGCUCAGACCGACACGCCAUUGUCGACUCCCUCAUGACGUUCUUCAGGCAGAACACGGCAACAGGCUUAGGGAACGGAUUUGAGAUCGGCGUUCUGUCGUCCACAAAAUCUGCACUGUCAAGGACUGUUAAAACAAUAUGGACGCGUAAUCCUAGUCAGGAGGAGACAACUCAGUUUGUGAGAAAAUUCGGGACAGGAUUGCAAAAUGGGGAUAAUCCUCAUAGUGAUGAUAUGGUGGACAAUAUUGGAUACGGAGAGACGUCUGGCGUUCAUGACACUGUGAAGAAGAGCCCAAGAAAACGUGAUAAGACGUCAUCGCAGAGAUCCAUGCUCAGAGACUAUUACCAAGCUGUUGAAAUGUACGAUGAUAAUUAUUAUGACAUCCAGCCUGACCCUGAUGACGUCAUUCAGUGGGCGAGACAGAAUCUGGCAUCUUGUAACGUAUCAGCUGAACCUCCUUCCAAAGAUUCCAUUGAUGAGCCCAAGUCAAGACAACCACCAGAUGCAAAACUAAAAACAAGGAAGAAGAAAAAUUUCUUGAAAGCUGCCUCCGAGAAGAAGAAAACGUCCACAUCAGGGAAGGACCAGUCUGCCCAGAGUCAGAAGCCACCAGUGAAGACAAUGCCCGCUGACAGUUCAAAGACUGUCACUCUCUUUACUCGGAGUCAGAAAGUGGUCUUCAGGAAGGAAGAGUUCCUGGCAGGGGAUGCUGACCCCAUGGAGAGAGAGCUGUCUAAGAGUCUGGGUGGGGACACAGAAAUGGUGAAUAUCGGGAGAUUGUGCAAGUCAGACCUUGGUGACGACAUGUUCAAACGAGCACAGCAGCUGGUGGAAAUAGUGAAGGAUGAACGUCUGCUCCAGGUACAACUACAGGAUCUGCUUGGCUGGAGAAACUACAAGAAAUUUGGAGCCUUUCUGAUUAGUGAAGGUCGGACGUCAUAGACAAUAUACACUGAUACAAAUUCAUGUUUUGACAUUGUUGCUAUGGAUAUGACCUUUGCAAAGUGAUUAUGAAAAGUAAUGUACAUUGAAGGGUGAUUUUCAGUGUUGAACAAACAGAAGCUCAGUUCCUAACUAUUCCCAUGGCCAGAUUUGUCCAAUAAAAUCAUGAACUGGAUGAAAGGAUUAUCAUCAUCCAAUCAUGUUGCCAUGGAGAUCUGUCUUAGUUGAUAUACAAAACUCUGCUUUAAUUCAAGGAAACCUAUUCCUACUGGCAUUAUGGAGAGAAGAUUUGUCCCAGAAAAUUCAAUUGGAAGAAAGGAUUAUCAUCAUUCAAUCAUGUUGCCAUGGAGAUGUGUGUCAGUUGUGAAAUACAAAAUGCAACUUAAUUUUUUAGAAACCUAUUCCUGCAGACAUUAUGGAGAGAAGAUUUGUCCAAUAAAAUCAUGAAUUGGACGAAAGGAUUAUCAUCAUCAAGAUCAUGUUGCCAUGGAGAUGUGUGUCACAUGUGAGAUACUUUAUUUCCUCUAAUAAGCGCCGGGUCUCUAAUACCCGCCGGGGGUAAAGCAGUUCAAUUCAUCACAAUCAUGGAUGUAAAACAUUCUAGAAUAUGACAGUGAGUAGUCUCAGAUAUAGCACAUGUUGUAUCAACUGUAUGCCAAACUUGCAGUGCUAUGAUAUCAUGAACUUGAUGAUGUCACAAUACUAUGCCAUCGGUGCACUGCAAGUCUAAUCGCAGUAUUGUGUUCAGAGUUAUACAUUUUUCAUUGAAAACUAAUGAAGGGUGAUUUUUGAUGAUAAAUAGAAUCUCACCCUCGUGUCCUCGAUAACGAAUAUAUCAACACUUGUUGAUAAAAGUAAAAAUAUCCUCGGCAAGCAGCUUUAUCAACUCAUGGUGAUACAUUUCAUAUCAAAAGACACUUGGGUUAGAUUCUCUAUUUCUCUCUCUUGGCAGGGACAGAGGGGUAGCCUAAUGGUUAAAGCGUCCGCUCAUCAUGACGAGGACACAGGUUCGAUUCCCCACAUGGGUACCGGUACAAUGUAUGAAGCCCAUUUCUGCUCUAUCCACAAUGUGAUUUGCUGGAAUAUUGCUAAAAGAGGCUUAAAACCAUACUCACUCAUUGACUCUUAGCUUUUCAUGGAUGCAAUGUAAGUGGAUAGAAUAUAAAUAACUGAUCUACCUCACAAUCAAAGGAUGAACUGAUUAGCAUUCCAGAAGUUGGUGAGUAAAUAAGAUAACAUACAACUCUAUGGACAACAAGUUCGGUUUUUUUAUGCCAGUUUUGUGUAGAUUAUUACACUGUUUGUGUUGUCAAGGUGGAAUUAAUAAAUGAGAAAAUGAUUUCCAUAAAGUUGAACUUUUAAAA